CCGGCUUCCUGGUCGGCCCCGCGGUCCCACGGCGUUCACCUUCCACCUCGUACACACCAAGAUGGUCUUGUCUCCGGCCGUUCUGACCCAGGAUCAGAGUCUUCCCUCCGUGAAGACGGGAGCGGGUCAGGACGCGUGAGGCCGCCUCCAUGUAUCCGGAAUCGACCACGGGCUCCCCGGCCCGGCUCUCCCUGCGGCAGACCGGCUCCCCCGGCAUGAUCUACAGUACUCGGUAUGGGAGCCCCAAAAGACAGCUCCAGUUUUACAGGAACCUGGGGAAGUCGGGCCUGCGGGUCUCCUGCCUGGGGCUCGGAACGUGGGUGACCUUUGGAGGCCAGAUCACCGACGAGAUGGCAGAGCAGCUAAUGACCUUGGCCUACGACAAUGGCAUCAACCUCUUCGACACCGCAGAAGUUUAUGCGGCGGGCAAGGCUGAAGUGGUGUUAGGAAACAUCAUCAAGAAGAAGGGAUGGAGACGAUCCAGCCUUGUCAUCACCACCAAGAUCUUCUGGGGAGGAAAAGCGGAGACAGAGAGGGGCCUUUCCAGGAAGCACAUAAUAGAAGGUCUGAAGGCCUCCCUGGAGCGGCUGCAGUUGGAGUAUGUGGACGUGGUGUUUGCCAACCGCCCGGACCCCAACACACCCAUGGAAGAGACGGUGCGCGCCAUGACCCACGUCAUCAACCAGGGGAUGGCCAUGUACUGGGGCACGUCGCGCUGGAGCUCCAUGGAGAUCAUGGAGGCUUACUCCGUGGCCCGGCAGUUCAACCUGAUCCCACCUAUCUGCGAGCAGGCCGAGUACCACAUGUUCCAGCGCGAGAAGGUGGAGGUGCAACUGCCCGAGCUCUUCCACAAGAUAGGAGUGGGCGCCAUGACCUGGUCCCCUCUGGCCUGCGGCAUCGUUUCGGGAAAGUACGACAGUGGCAUCCCGCCCUACUCGAGAGCCUCCUUGAAGGGCUACCAGUGGCUGAAGGACAAGAUCCUGAGUGAGGAGGGCCGGCGCCAGCAGGCCAAGCUGAAGGAGCUGCAGGCCAUCGCGGAGCGCCUGGGCUGCACCCUCCCCCAGCUGGCCAUCGCCUGGUGCCUGAGGAACGAGGGGGUCAGCUCCGUGCUCCUGGGUGCUUCCAGCGCAGACCAGCUGAUGGAGAACAUUGGAGCCAUACAGGUCCUUCCAAAACUGUCGUCUUCCAUUAUCCACGAGAUCGAUAGUAUUUUGGGCAAUAAACCCUACAGCAAAAAGGACUACAGAUCCUAAGAAGCUCCCAGCCGUUUGCCCGGACAGUUUCAGUUCCCCUCCUAGCCUCUCUGUUCGCUCGCUUAAGCUGUUUUGAAGCCAAGUCAAGAGUGUGGUUUGCUUCAAAAACAAAACAACGCACCAAGAUGUCACCUGGAAAAGAUCUCAAAAGUCACUGCCACACGCCACCCGCUGCUUCGCAGGACCGAUGUCGGAUUCGUGCCGGGAGCCAGCAUUGAUUCGACAGUGUUCAAGCAGUCCCACGCAAGCCUGCGCCUCUGCUCCUCCUCCACCAGAAACUACCCCGUUUCCACCCAGCCACGGCCCCUCUCAGAGACUCAAGUCCAGGCCAGGCCGAGACCCGUGGGAGCCUGGGGGCAGGCAGAGCUGGCCUCUCCUCUGCUAAGAACCCCACCCGGUGCUGGGGGUGGGGGAGAGGAAGCUGGGUCUGGCUCUUCCUGUGGCCCCCCAGCCAGGCCCUGGUCGGGGCAGGCCUCCCACUGGGGUCCCCCUCCUCCCCCCUCUGGCCAAGGGCUCCAGGUACUUUCAUCGGGCCUGACCUCAGAGGCUGCCCCCAGCCCCUUCUCACACCACCUGCCCCAGGGGGUCUCCGAGGGGCCUUCCGAGCUGUCUCUCAACCCCCACCCCCACCCUUGCUGGCAGGGGCAGGGAUCCAGGGGGAUUCGCUCUGCAGUUUGGGACCCACAGAAAGUUGAGGGGUCUGAUUUCAAGCUCAUCACCCCACCGGCUUCCUCCCCGCACACAAUCAAUAAGCCCCAGUGUCCGGGCUCCAGCCCAGGCCCCUCCAGGGCCCCACCUGCCCUUCCGACCAGGUGCCCAGUCCGCUGACCCCCCCGGCCCGAGGUCGUGUGUGCUGAGCUGGACUGCGGCUGCGGACUGCACACCGGGUGGCCAGCCUCUGCUCCGCCCGGGUGGCGGCCUUGGGGUCUUCAGAGAGCGCAUGCUGGCACCCUUUCAGUGCGGGAGGUUCCCUGGGGUUUUCUGUGCUGCCUGCCCAGGGCCCCGGGAGACUGCCAGCAGCAGCCCCCACAGUCUAGGAGAAGACCCAGGGAGCCUCUCCCUGGAGCAGUGUCCCCUGCAAGGCCUCAGACCAGGUGGGGUGAGGUGCUCGGUCUUGGGUGCUCAGAGCUUGUUACCAGGGCAGAUGGGCAGCAGUGCACCCGCAGGACACCCCCACACAGCCUGGGAAGAGGGAGGAAUGGCUGGGGUGGGUCAUUCCUUUCCACGCCCCCCCCCAAGCCUGGAACAGACUGGGGACAGGGAGAGAGGACAGGACUCUCACAAGCUGCCAGCCCGUUUGCAGCCCGGCCUGGGGAUGCAGGGUUGCAGGAGGGCACGGGGGCGAGAGGCUGGGGGCACCCACAGGCAAGAGGCCCAGCCGCCAUGGUCCUGAGUGGCACCCCAGCCUUUGCUGGCUAUGUAGGGGACCAGUGCCAGGCUCUGCACAUGCCGCAGCCCACUGUGUACGGGCUGGGUGCCUCCUGCCCUGGGUGCACCCCACCACCUCCCACUCGGCCCUGGGCAGGCACAGCCCCUCCCGCGUUGCCCUUCAGAGAGGCUCCUCCCUGCCAUGACUCCCAGAGGGCCUGCCGUCCAAUCCUGGCUGAGCUGAGGCCUGGGAAACUGUCCUGAAGAAAGCCACAACGGCUGGGAGGUGGGGGGACUUCCUCCACUCCUGAUCCUUGUGCUGACCCUGGCGUCUAGAACCUUCUCCCUCCUUGUAGACCAGGCCCCCGGGGGUCUUCUUCACCAAGCCUCCUGCAGGCUUCACCCUGUGGGUGUGGGGAGGGACAGACCUCUCCCAGCAGAGUCCCCGGCGUGCGGCCACUCCCCCCCAUCACGCGGGUGGGGGUCUAGCUCUGAGGACAGGACGCUGCACAGGGCGGGUUUCAUCCCAGGCCCACCCAGGCGGGGACCAAGUGCUCUGGGCCGGGCGGUCCUGGCAGCCGGCCAUGCUCACUGGAGAGGCGCCUGGCCCCCUCCACGCUGCUGCCCCCUGGCCCACCCACCGGUGGAAGAGGGACCAGGGCUGGCAGUCGGGCCGGAGGCGGGACUGCCACCCCCCACCCCACCCCACGAGCCACACCUGGGGAGGCCGAGCCCGCUGGGUGCAGAUUUCCCAGACAGAGGGAGACAAGGGCCCCCAGGGUUGAGCUCCAUCAAGGCCGAAAUGCCCAGCGCCAAGACCCAAGCAGCUUCCCGGCCCUGGGGCCCCACCCACGACCUGGUUCUGCAUCCCCCCCGCAAGUGGGUGUGCAGGGCUGGGGCCCUGCUUCCUGAGGGAGGGUUCCCCGACUUAGGGGUGGGCUGGAGGGGGGCCCAAGGGCAGUCAGAGCCUGGAAACGGAAGAGCUGGGCCAAGGAGGGCCCCGGAGGGGCAGCCUGGGCCCGACAUGGGUUUGAGACCAGCCAGCCGCACCCCACGUGGCUGAGGGGAAGCCCCUCAAAAGCCCCAGCCGCAGGCCAGCCAGCCUCUCACCCUCCCCUUGAAGCAGAGCUUGCCCCCAGGGGUCCACGUGGAAGUGCCCCGCACGGAAAGAAGCCCCCAUCUGGGUGGGGGCGGGACCAGUCUUCCUUCCUAAUGACACACAGAGCCCCCACCAUUUUUUAUCCUAAAUCUACCAAACUUGAGGUCCCGAGGACAGAGGGGCUUGCUCUGUCUUCUGUUCUCUCAUGUAAAUAAUGUGCUGUUUUUCUCCCCUCCCCCUUUCUUUUAAUGACUGUGGCUCCUCCGCUAACUGCAUCCCCUACACAGGCAGAGAUGCCGUACACCUUGCGCUUCCAAAUGACACUCAGCAGAGACAUGGCGCCGUAUUUAUGGAAUGACGAAAUAA